UAUUAAAUUAGUAUUAUUGCAUGGUGAACGUGUUACAGGAAAAAGUGGAAUGGGAGGGAAAGUGAAGUGCGACGUGUGUGGGAAACCGACGAAGGGGUUCGCCUUCCUCUGCACCGCCUGCGCCUUCCAGAUGCAUCCAUGCUGCGCCAUGCUCAACACCGAGAUCGACUUCCCUUCCCAUCCCCACACUCUCAAGAUCCUCCCCACCGCCUCCUCCGCCGCCGUCGACCCCUCCUCCUUCGUCUGCGCCGAGUGCAAGAAGCGAAGGUCCGGCAAGGUAUACCGCUGCACCGUCUGCGACUACCACCUCCACGCCGCCUGCGCCAAGACCAAGAUCAACGGCCUCCUCGCCAACGGCAUCAGGCCGCCGCAGAAGCCCAGCGUGCUCGCCGCCGCCGCCCGCGUUGCCUCCCAGGUGGUGAUUGAGUUCAUCGGAGGACUGGUUGAGGGCAUCGGAGAAAGCGUCGGCGAUGUGCUUGUCCAGAACAUUGCCAAAGGAAACACUGUUUCCCCCGCUAAUGCUAGCCCCAAACCACGUUACAGAUAAUCCAUUACUGCCCCAACAAAAAAAGGAUGAAUCUAUUUCAAGUUUCCUCUGACACGUUUGGGAAAAGAUAAAAGCACACAAGAAAAUAUUUAUGCUACAAUAUUUGUUUUUCUAGAAUGUGUCUCCCUCUGAAAUGCAAAAGUGGAAAAAAGAUAACCUAUUCCUAAUUUUCUAGAUACAUUCAAUGUAGGCUAUUUUUUUCAUAUAGGAAAAAAAAAAUAAUUGUAUAGUAUUGAUUGAUGCAAAUAGUGUCGAUUCUGUGUAUAUUUUGUUGGUUUGUGGAGGGGAAUUCUAAAAGGUGG